AAAUAGGCCUACAUGCUGUUACAUGGCCAAGAAGAAGGAGGAAGUGCACUGAAUGCCAAACACGCAAUCUACCGGUACUUGUACUACGUGACUUGGCACUGACCUAUUCUUGACCUUCCAUGUAAUCACCUAACGUGACUUGUAUUCACUUAUACUUCGUUCGUAGAAAACAUUAAAAAAUGAAACAUCCCUCCCGACACCCCACGUCACUAGACAUAGGGUUUGGCACGCAGCUGAAAUUUGGCGAAAGGGCGGAAGGAACAGCGUGCAUGCUCUCUAGAAAUCCCGUGGCGACUUUGGCGUCAAGCACAUGAUGUUGGCAAGGGGUCUGACACUAUUUUCUGUUGCCAAUUAACGCAGGUGAGGUGGUUGUGUCCGCAGUGUGCUGGAUCAGUCACUAACUAGGUUUUACUCUGUGAACAUUAUAAUAAUAUCAGUGCAAGUUAUCGAGUGCGCACGUUAAAACAAAUAAAAACAAUAAGCGAAGCACUGUCUUUUUGUAACAAAAGGGUUGUGUCUAAUGUCUUGCCACCAAACGCGUGCUGACGUCUAAACUAAGCAAACGAGCUGGCAAGUCUCAUGGCGUCCGCAACCUGCCAAAUAGAAGAAAUCCCGAGGGAGGAGUCAGUCCCUCAGAUUCAUUUGCAGAUCAUACACCUGAAUUCUUCUUCCCUCAACGGCAGUGUUACAGGAGGCGCCCUGCAGCAGUUUAACCGCAAGCCAAUCGUGCUGAAGCGCUUGCAUAAGCUGCAAAGUUUUGACUACCUCUUGCAAGAAUCAAUCGAGGGCCACGCGAGUUCUGGAUUACGCCCGCAUCUACAAAACCGUAGAGGUUCUUCUCGGAAAGCAAAGAGUGUUGACAGUGGCGAAAAAUCUAAAGACAAUGGUAGCAUUCCCCAUGCAGAAGGUGACGAAUCUGUCUAUGUGCUCUUUGUGAAAGGCUUGAACAGUACUUUGACAGGAGAUAAAGAUAACAUUUUGAAAAGCCUAGCGCAAGUGUUGAACAAGCACACAGUUUCCGUUGCAGCCAAUGAGUAUAAACUUUUCUGUCGUCCAAGGUCCUCUUCAGCUAAAUCCACCUUGAAACAUAUCUGCCUUCACACUGGUAUGUUAGCUGUGAAUGAGAUGCUAGAUGAAGGCAUAAUGGAUGUCUCGAGGUAUGGUUUGGUGGGUGCUGCUCAGUGCCUCGCCCUUACUCUUUAUUUCAACAAAAAUUUAGCUUCCAUGGGAAGGAAUGUUUGGAACAGUAGAGUUGCACAAUUCCUUACAGACACCUGGAUGAGUUUUGGCUGUGUGGCUGCAGUGGUAAUAUCAGCCUCUAGACAAUGAUCAUCAUUUGUCAUGACCAAGGUUAACGUUAGUAAAUAUUACUGUAUUAAAAUAUUUAAUGUAAUUAUUGUGACACCAGUAAAGGUGACAUUUUCCUAAUUACCAGUGAUAUGGCAUCAUCGAAGCCUUAUGAGGACAAGCCUUGAAAACUGAAUAAGGCUCCCUUCAAGUUAUGGACCAAAUCUGUGAUAGCUUAGAUAUAAUAUUGGUAAUUCGUAUAUAAUUAAAAUCACCAUAGUUAUUUACUACCUCAUGUGUAUACCAUAUGAAAUAAACCUGAGUUUCCAUAAAUU